GUGUUAAUAACAAAGCUCCGCUCGGCAAACACCGUGGAAACGCGUCAGUAUCGUAAAGCCGCUAAGGCAUUGCUGGUUCUUAUUCCGCUCUUUGGCAUAACCUACUUGGUGGUAUUAGCUGGCCCCAGCGAGAGUGGUGUUAUGAGUAACAUGUUCGCGGUUGUGCGAGCUCUGCUGCUCAGUACCCAGGGUUUCGCGGUAUCACUAUUCUACUGUUUUCUAAACUCCGAAGUGCGCAACACAUUGAGGCAUCACAUUUCGACAUGGCGGGAUGAGAGGAAUAUUCAGCUGAAUCAAAGCAGAAGGUGA